AUGACAGGAGCGAGGCGCAGGUCGAAGCAGGGAAAGCGAUAUGUCGCCAAAGAAAAUGAAGGCGCCGACAAUCUGCCGUUCGGAGGCAAAGUACGGCUCGCUAGGCGCCGAAAGCCGGAUGGAUGGCUGGUCAUUGCCCUUGAGGUGCUGGGUGUUGCGGCGGUGUUCGUGCUCGUCUACUUGGGCUAUUACCACCAGGAAUCGGUGCACUUUCAUUUGAACCACAUGUACGCUCAUGCGGGACAUGCACACGCCCAGCACGUCGUCGCGCACAAGUACCUGCAUGGGAAUGGUGUACCCAAAAACAGCAGCAUGGCAUUCUACUGGUUCAGAAAGUCCGCUGACCAAGGACACGCACAUUCGGCGUACAACUUGGCCGUCGGUCAUAUGCAAGGAUUUCCCACGGACGUGCAAAAAGGGGAAGCCAAAAAGCUGAUAAAGUACGCAGCAGAAAAUGGGGUGCACGAAGCCCACCGGGUCUACCACGAGGCCUGCGGCGCCGGAAAGUGCGACCACUGAACUGUGGGAAGAAAGGCCGCCGAGUACUACAACUGCUUUGUUAUUUCACGUGUAUGCUAACAUGACCGACUGUUCUAAUCGGCGCAUUGUAUACGAAGUGCGUCACCACAAUUAGGUUGGGUUGAAUUCAUCCGAUGACCGUAGAGAUGGCAGAAGACAAACGAUACGCGAUGUCUGUGCGUAAGGUUGAAGCCCAAAGCUGUUGCGUUUACUUAGUAAACGUGUACCCUCUCAGAUUUCCUUUGAGUCAGUAAGAGUCCAGCUUUUCUGCGCAUAAUGCCAACAACGCUUAGUGCGGGUCACAGUGUAAGAAUUACCUAUUCUUACACCGUGGUACGCGUAGAGUGGCUAGAAGGGGAAGGUGUACCGAGCAUUGCGCGAUUUCCUUGCCUGAGAGGGCUUGUUAGGUGCUGCAUGCGAUAACCGCCGCCGUUACAGAUUACCAGAAGGAAACCGUGCGCGCGACUGUGAGUUGUCAUUUCCUUCUUUUUUUUUCAGCGUUCACUUUGUUUUAUUGCACGUGGAUGAUACAGUUUUAAGCAGUGAAGACAGUGCCCUAUAAAACGACAAGAGAGAGAGAGAGGAAUAACAUACGUCGACCGGAAUUCCUUGUGACUCGGCGGCGGCCAUGGCAAGACUGACAAGUGACUUUACGUUGUUCUUCGGCGUAGUGGCUGAGUAAUAAAGGCCUGACCACAUGCGUG